AUGAACUGGGCCUUCCUCGAGGGCCUCCUGAGCGGGGUCAACAAAUACUCCACUGCGUUUGGUCGCAUCUGGCUCGCCAUCGUUUUCAUCUUCAGGCUCAUGGUCUUUCUGGUGGCGUGUGAGAAGGUCUGGGGUGACGAGCAGAAGGACUUUGAUUGCAACACCCGGCAGCCCGGUUGUCACAAUGUCUGCUACGACCACUUCUACCCCAUCGGCUACACCCGGCUCUGGGCUCUCCAGCUGAUCUUUGUCACCUGUCCAUCCCUUCUAGUUACGCUCCAUGUGUCCUACCGGGAAGAACGAGAACGCAAACACCGCCUGAAGCACGGAGAAGGAUGUGCCCCUCUGUACAAUUUCACGGGAAAGAAGCGAGGGGGUUUGUGGUGGACCUACUUUCUCAGCCUGAUGUUUAAGAUUUCAGUCGAUAGUGUGUUUGUGUUUCUGCUCUACUACAUCUACGAGGCCACGUUUUUCCCACCGUUGGUGAAAUGCAACAUCGACCCCUGCCCCAAUUUGGUGGACUGUUACAUUGCAAGGCCCACAGAGAAGAAGAUAUUCACCAUCUUCAUGGUGGUGACCAGCUUUGUGUGCAUCUUCCUCACUUUUUGCGAGGUCUUAUACCUGUGUGGGAAGAGGUUCAGGGAGUGCUGUCGAGGAGGACCCAGUUCCCAGAGAGCAAACUCCUUCAGGAUGGUGAGGACUCCUCUAACAGUGAAGGAGAACUCAAUUUUCAAAGAGCCGAUAACGGAGAAGGCCAAGUUGGUAGAUAAUGACAACAGAGAAGCUAGCAACAAGGGUUCAGCCCCAGCGUACAGCGUAGUAGUCACAUAAAAGACAUGUGUUUGGGAGAAAAUAACUAUCUAAUGUAGCUUUUAUACUGUUAGCCUUGUUUAUCUGCAGAAUAUGUGUGGCUUUAAAUGAUAUGUUGUCUUUAUUUCCUUUUUAUAUAUCAAAAUAAUGUGUGUUGGUGCUUUUAAAAGGCUUGUCAACCUAAAUAACAAAUAUGCAAUAAAGGUGAUUUAUUGUACUUUGUCUAUUUAUAUGAUGAUGUGUUAUAAAAGAUUAUUUUGUUAUCUGUAUGACCACAAAAUAAAAUCUCUCCACUUAU